AUGGUUAAUUAUUGUUGCGUACAAGGUUGUGGACGUAAUAGUCGAAAUAACAAACACUUGAACUUUUAUGGACUCCCGAAAGAACGACAUCGGCAGGCUCAAUGGCUGAAAGCCGCCGGUAGAGACGACCUUCUCGAAAAAGAGCCAAAUAAAUUAACAGUGUCCUACAGAUUUUGUUCUCGUCAUUUUGCGCCUUCAAGUACUAGAAACAGAUAUUUGGGCGCAGAUGCUAUUCCCACUUUCUAUGUGCCUGGUUCUCGGUUGUCGGGUACUGGUGAAGAGGAAGCAUAUGCAGCUAUGGACCAUGAACCGAAACCACAUAACAAUGUAAUUUGCAACAGCUGCAAGGAACAGAUCAUUGGGUUCCGCUACAAGUGUACCUCUUGUGAUGACUAUGAUCUUUGCCAUAAGUGCGAGUCACUGGAACAACAUCCGCAGCACUUUAUGCUGAGGAUUCCUAAACCCAUGAAGUUUAAAUUUGCCGACAAUCUUCUAAAAAAAUGGCGUACAUUUUUUAAAUCCGACCAUAUAAAACCAACGACCCCUGAAUUCCUUAAUUUUGACAGUGAGAGUAGUGACGAUGAACCAAUCACAAAAUAUGCUAAAAACUAUGAUAGCGGCAUCGACCUUUCUGAAGACGUAAAAAACAAAAUACGCAAAGAGGUUUCGCGCGUUCUUAAAAUAAAAGUCUCUGAGAAAUCAAAGCCUCAAAAAAAGAAAAUUGAACGUAAAAGACCUGUAGCGCAAGAAGAUAAACCCCAGGAUAAUGUGGCUAAAAGAAUGAAAUGUGAGAAUGUGGAUGAAUCGAAGUCCAGAAUUGAGGGCAUUGUUGCCACAGUUCCGGAGGUGGCAUUCGCAGACGUUAACGAUAUCAUAGACGGACAGAUUUUAGAAAUGAAACCCGAGUUUCCUGUUGCAUCUGCACAAGCUGAAGUGCAAGUGAUGUCUCAACGUGAACCACCACUUACCGAAAGCAUAUCCAAUGAUAACCAAUAUUUGCUAUAUGCUGGUGGUGCAUGGUCAUCAAAUGCAAACCCUUCUAAUCGUGAGGCAUAUGCCAGUAGCUCAAGUUCGGUGGUGAUGGGUAACAAUCUUAAUACACAGACUAAUGAUCGAGAAGUGAGUACGACAGAACAACCUGUGAUGCAUGUGAAGCUAAGCGAGGAUAUGACAGAGCUAAUGAUAGAAGUCACGUCCAGGAACCAGAAAACUGUAUACAAGUGCUGAAUUUAGAUUAUAAGGCACAUUAUCAUAGUAUACAAAUGUAAUAUACUCUAAAUAAUGUACAAAUAAAUG